CUAAUUUUGAUCUUUCAGACCAAAAAAAUAAAAAAUAAAAAAUAAAAAAUAAAAGUUUCAAAGGCCGUAAUCCUCAUAAUUGAUAAAGGGUCAAUCCCCACUAUCCUCCUUUCUCCGCCACCGCGUCCUUUCCGAUUCCGGCCACCGCCUCUGCCUUCUUUACUUCAUCCCUUUCUUCUUCCUCCGUUCGUGUGGAAGUACAGUCUCCAUAAUCCACCUGCUUACUUCUGUUCUGCUGCCGUCUCCCGAUGGGUGAAGUGCGACUUUAGAUUGCCCUAAUCUUCGCCUGAUUGCAGGAGGAGUGAUGCUUCGAUGGAUCUUUUGAAUUUGAGAUUUGUUUUUGGUUGUGAGGUUAAAAUGAUAGGGAAGAUUCGGUGUAGAUGCUAAUGGGAAAUAACUCAAGAGAAGAUAUAAUGGACCUGGAUUUGAAUCAAGAGCCUUUGGACCAAUCAUAUGAUUCAGUGUUAGGGUUAGACACUAUACUGAGUGACCUUGAAACUGCUCAUGGACGCAUUGAAGAACGCAUUCGGCAACUUGAAGCUGUUACGACAAGGGCUACACGGCGACAGAGAUGGCGACAUGCUCCGACUGUUACUGAACCUGCUGAAACUCCAGCAGCUUAUGCUCUCCUUGAAAGACAAGAGACUGUUAAUGAUAGUGCUUCUGCUCAAGAAAGAAUACUUCAUUCGGAGAAAACUAGUAAAAAGAAUGGGCCUCAUUUGGUUGCCAAAGCAUUGGGGAUGGAUCUAGAGCCAAAGGCCACUGGAAACAAGAUGGGAAGUUUUUUCGAUUGUAAUAUAUGUUUGGAUGUCGCCAAGGAUCCAAUAUUGACCUGUUGUGGUCACUUAUUUUGUUGGUCUUGCUUUUAUCAGUUAUCUUAUGUUCAUUCAAAUGCUAAGGAAUGCCCUGAAUGUCAAGGUGAAGUAACAGACACAAGCAUCAUUCCAAUCUAUGGCCAUGGGAAUGGCAAUCGUGCCCAAAAGUCAAAGCCUAAUGAUUCUGGUUUGAAAGUUCCUCCCAGGCCACGUGCACAAAGGAUUGAGAGUAUGAGGCAGCAAAUUUUGUUCCGAGGGGCAUCAUCUUCUCUCAUUGAAGAAAGGAUUCAGCAGAUUAGUAACAUGAUUGGGGCAAUGGGGGAGCAAUCUCGGUCACAGAAUUUUGAUGUUACACAAGGAAGGAUUGAGAGGACUAAUUUGUUGGGCCGGAGGCGUCGUGCCACCCAAGUAUUGCCUGUUCCUGAGAAUGAGAACAAUCAGCAAAGUCGAUCCCUUCAAGUUUCUAGAUUGCUGCUGCAAGGUGCUGCCUCAUUUUCAUCUCUCUCAUCUGCUUUGAAUUCGGCAAUGGACUCUGCUGAAAGAUUAGUUGAGGACCUUGAGACAUACAUCCACAAUCAUAGUGCAAGUAGAAGCCGCCCACACUCUGUUCCUAACAAUCCUAACAAUGGAGAUUCCUUGUCCGGUAUCGUUCCAACUGUACAGUCGGAUGGUAUAGCCCCAGAUCCUGUUGGUGGAAUCACCUUUCUGGUUCCCCAGUUUGAGUCAUCUUCUAGAAGUAUGGAUAUUGCUACAAAUAUUGAACGUCUAGAAAGCCAGACCAGUAAUGCUACUGAGUUUGACCGAAUAAUACUCCCAUCUCCAUCAACUAGAAGGAGGAGUGAGUUACCACGACGGUCAGAUAUGGAUAAUGUACUUUUACAGGAGCGAAGGAGGAGGAGACUGGGAUAAUUGUAUUGAUAAUGAAGUUCUCAUUGUAUGAGAUAUUUAUUUACUUCAUCACUUUUCUCUUUUUAAGUUAUUGAAUGUUCUUCAACAUUGGGGUGAUUCUUGCUGGUGUGAAAUCCCAUAUAAAUAACAGCUCUAAGAAGUUUGAUGGUCGAUUUUCUGAUAAGGCAUCGGAAGAUUAAGAAGAGCGAUCUCGUUAGCUUUCCAGCUGCAACACACUUAUAACGUCGCGAGCUGGUUGCUGCAAAAGCUCGUGCUGAAUUUGUUCCUUCAUGGAAGAUGCAUAUUUGAUAUUGGUAAUGCUUCGUCGUCAAAUAGCUGUUGAUGUAAUGGUAAGCUCCUGUAAUGUAUACACGCCAUGUGCAAGUCCCUCUCCCUUCCCCUCCCCCCAAUGAAUCUGGCAUCCAAAAUUUCCCAUGGUCUAGAUAGAUAGAUUGUACUGGUGUUGGAAAUUACUGAAAUCAAUAUGUAGCUUUUCUUCUGAAAUUCUUUCAUUGAAGAGGAGUUGUGUUUUGAGGAAAAA